AAAAAUCAAGACCACCACCCAAAAAAAAAAAAAAGGAAUAAUCCUCGCACGGGAUAACAGGCUGUCGACGAAGAGAAGAAGGGCCAAAGCGAAAGAGAAGGUCUGAUCACUUUUAUCAUCCCCCGUGUGACGGCUCCUCUGUCGCUAUCCUGCAGAUUCAACCACGGAGUCCCCGUCCUCCGCCUGUGAACCAUCCUCCCGCCCGCCAAAACUGUUUCACGAACAGCCUUCAGAAACACUUUUCCGCUCUUCAAUUUUUUUUGCUUUGUGUCGUUUCCGGAUCCUUUCGGCUCUUUUACUUUGACACAUCACGAUGGCAGAGAGUACAACUUCACCAGCCAUAUCCGCGCAAGCUCCGGCGGCAAGCGAGAUCAAGAAAGAAGCGCAGGCUGGUGUUAACGCCACCCUCGCGCAGGUGCGGUCCUUUGUCGCGGGUGGUGUUGGCGGAGUGUGCGCUGUCGUCGUCGGUCAUCCCUUCGAUCUCGUGAAGGUACGACUGCAAACCGCGGAAAGGGGGGUUUACUCCGGCGCCAUCGAUGUUGUAAAGAAGACAGUUGCGCGGGAAGGCCUUGCAAGAGGUCUGUAUGCUGGCGUAUCAGCGCCGCUUGUUGGAGUUACGCCGAUGUUUGCUGUUAGCUUUUGGGGAUACGAUCUGGGCAAAACCCUCGUCCGCUCUUUCUCCCCUGUUCCCGAGAUCAAUGGCACCCCCCAGUUCUCCAUUGCCCAGAUUUCCGCAGCUGGCUUCUUCUCCGCUAUUCCCAUGACUCUGAUCACAGCGCCAUUUGAGCGUGUCAAGGUUUUACUCCAGAUUCAAGGACAAAACCCACCACCUGCAGGCCAGAAGCCCAAGUAUUCCGGUGGUGUUGAUGUGGUUCGGCAGUUGUACAAAGAGGGCGGUAUUCGAAGCGUUUUCCGGGGAAGCGCCAUGACCCUGGCUCGCGAUGGACCAGGUUCUGCGGCAUACUUCGCUGCAUACGAGUAUAUCAAGCGCAGCUUGACGCCAAAGGAUGAGAACGGCAAUGUUACUGGUGAACUCUCGCUUACGGCGAUCCUCACUGCUGGCGGUGCCGCUGGUGUGGCAAUGUGGAUUCCUGUGUUCCCAGUUGAUACCAUCAAGUCUCGCUUACAGAGUGCUGAGGGUCGUCCUACGAUUGGAGGUACCAUCCGCGGAGUGUACGCCAGCGGAGGCCUCAAAGCUUUCUUCCCUGGUUUUGGGCCGGCGCUGGCUCGAGCCGUUCCCGCCAAUGCUGCCACUUUCUUGGGUGUUGAACUCGCACAUAAAGCCAUGACGAAAUUAUUCGACUAAUUAUUGCCUUCUGUCCGAGAGGAGGCCUCUGCGGAUUUCAUCUCUUGCAAGCUAUGCUUGCUUGACCAUCACGAGAUCCGUUUUCUUCUGAAAUACCCCUAGACCUUUAUAGAUACGCUGGCAUCUCUAGUUGCUAGGGCUUCGCAACUUUUCUUCGCAAGGCAUAUCGACAUGCGGUUGUCUUUGUCUUUCAAAUCAUUUGUGUCGUUGACGCACUGAUUGACCCUUUGGGGUUCGAUCAGCUCUGCAUAUUCAUGGUGCCUUUUCCAGCUAGCGUUCCAUAGAUUUUGUAUGUAAAUUUAUCCCAUGGUGUCUUAGAUUGGA